UACAGGAAGAAGAGAGAGGCCAGAGUAUUCCCCUCUUCUUGGUUUCAAUUGGCAUUUUACAACAAUGGUGGCAUCUCCUUUGUCCUUGCAGCUUCCCACAAGACAUCCCCUUCCUCUAAGGUCACAGCUCCCACCAGGCAGGAUGCAUCAUGGUUGAGCAGCUUCUAGGUUCUGGGGUUUGGGUCCUACCAAUCUAGAGUUAGAAGUGGUUUCCUGCUCUGGUUGCCUCCCAUCCUCUAUUUCAUCUAUGCAACAAAAUCUCAUAUUAAUAUUCCUUGUUUGAAAUAUCUAAAAUUGUUUUCUUCCCCAAGGAGCAGGUGGCAGCAGCUUGUGUAGCCAUGGCCAGGAUUAAGGCUCAACACCUUCAUAGCAAGAAGAGGGAGCUGUGUAAACAGCUAGAAACCCUGAAGAUGGAACUGUCCCAGCUGUGUGUCACCAAAGUGACAGGCCACACAGCUCCUUCCAAACUCUCCAAGAUCUGAGUUGUUAGCAAAUCUAUUGCCCAUGUUCUCACUGUCAUUAACCAGACUCAGAAAGGGAACCUCAGGAAAUCGUACAAGGGAAAGAAGUACAAGCCCCUGGGGCACCUGGCUAGUUCACCCCUGGAUCUGCAGCCCAGGAAGACAUAUGCCAGGUGCUGCCAGCUGACCAAGCACAAAGAGAACCUGACGACCAAGAAGCAACAGCAGGAGGAGAGGCUGUUCCCACUGCAGGAAUAUGUGGUCAAGGAAAAUGAGCAGGAUUUUAAGCCACCUCGAAAGUUCUUUCAACAGUCCCAGCAACAGGUGGUUGUGUCCAGGGUUUCAGUGGUGACAGUGAAUAGAGUGAAAUGGAUAGAAUCAAGUUCUAUGCUGGAGAUAGAUGCUAAGCAAACCAGCAACAGAUUGGAUGUCAGAGAAGAGGAAAAAGAGAAGCAUCAGUAA